AUGUUCAUUGUGCGACCAUCCAAUCGAGGUUGCUCGAAUCCAUGGGAUUCGUUUCGCAUAGUCUUCUUCAUCAUAAUCAUGCUUGGGUGUACGAACGCUGCGACGAAAAAAGCCAUCGUUGAAUGGUUUCCGAACGGACGGCCGUUCCGUGAUCCUAUGCUUGAUCAUACCGCCUUAGUGGAACUGCACCUUCUGGAUCGCAUUGUGUUUGUUUGCGACACUAAUAUACCAGCUGUCAUUUACAGGGUGAGCGAAGAGUCGUUCGAUGAGUGUAAAUACGAUCUGUCAGCAGAGUGGGUUGGAGAAUGCUCAGCUGGUACAAAAUACAUCACAGUAACGCUACGAUCUAUUAAUGUCGUUCCUACGCAGCCGGUAUACUAUGCGAAUGUCACUUACUUUUUCACAUCAUUUUCUUCCGGAACUCAUGCUGGAAUUCAUGAGAAAGGCGGUGCUCUUUGCCUUAUGGGGGUUCGAAUGAUUUUAGAAGUUCGUGGUUCCAGCAAACGUGUUCCACUUCUUCCACGCUCAUUUACAUCAGAGUUUGAGCAACUGCAGGUUCCAGUGCAACGUGUGUCGUAUGGUGGAAGACCGGAACAAAAACAGCAUAAUCUAGAUUUCACUACUGAAUCGUCUACAAAACGUGAUUAUGUGUCAUACUCAGUAGAUAAAGCAAGCGACGAAAGUAGUUUUUGGUCUGGAUGGCCAUGGAGUCGCAGAUCUUCCUCUUCCUACCAGACCCCACAGACUUGGAAUUACGUGACGACACUAUUUUCGAAUCCAAACGAAAUCGAAUGGGAUACUCUUUCUCCGGAGUACUUUAACUAUAGCUCGGCCAGUAGCCCUACUGAGUGCGCCGUCCUGGCUAUUUUGUUAUCACUUUUCAUUAUCUAA